AUGCAUCGAAUCAUUGUUCCGAAGCAGUCGAGUACUCAUAGGUUUGCUUUCCAUCUUCUGCUAGGUCUGGCACUUUAUCGAGCACUCCUUCGACAAUGUAGCAGAUUACCAGAAAAAUUCUCAGAGCUUCGGUCCACCAGGUCGCUGUUACAACAGAAAUUCCAAAAAUACAAAAAUAUUCAGAGUCCUUCGCAAACGAUAAAUGCCCUGAAAGCCGGAUAUGAGGCUUUAGAUCUAUUGCAUUCGGCGUCUCAUGGCAAUACUCAGGAUGCACAUCGCAUUACGAAACUCUUAUCGGAGAGCCAAUCAGUUAAGAAGCAAAUGGUUGCAGAACAUAGCAGACUGACGGCCGCGUGUGCUCCGAAGGUUUUGUCCAAGAAAACGCAAAGAAGGGAAGAAUCAAAACAAUUUCAGGAGAUGACUGCCCGAAAGCACCCAGAUGCCACCCCUAUUCUCUCCCGGCCUCGACCGGAAGUGAAUGGGAAACGUCAUAUACCUGUUCUUGUCAGCGCUCGUGGAGUUCCAUUCCUCCGCAUCAAAAAGCCCCAGCCUAAGAAUCUAAGUGGAGUCAUUCGUACGAAACUCGAUAAACGAUGGCGUCGUAUUGAGCGCCGUGAAAGGUUAGGAUUGGAUCUGCUAUUUGCCAAAGAUGAGGAUCACUGGGAUCAAUUGACUCUUGGCCGGCCCGAAACGGAGACAUGGACUCAGGAGGUGAAGAAUGCCUUGGAUGAAGUGAACAUGAACAUUCACGAAUCAGACAAAAAGAACAUGGAACUUGCAGAGGCAAUGUGGCAAGUUGUACUUGCUGAACGCAAAUUGGCCGCAGAAGAGGAGCAGCAGAGAUCGGUUCAAACAUGA